GUCGCUGUCAAACUGCUGCCACACUAAUAUCUACGACGAGAAUUGCCACGAAGAACAGAACUUAUUUGUUGGCACAAUUAAAAAUCGGUGGCUUUUAGGCGCUGCGAAAGUCAGUGUCCGGUUAUUUGGAAUAGAGGUUGACACACUCGCAAACCAUGGGCUCGAGCCACAGCAUCCAUGUUCCCGGUGGCGGCACCGAAGGAUACCAUGUACUAAAAGUGCAAGAUAAUUCGCCUGGUCAAAAGGCAGGGCUGGAGGCCUUUUUCGACUUUAUCGUGGCAAUUGCCGGGACUCGUCUGGACCAGGACAACGAUAUGCUUAAGGAGCUGCUGCGCCAGAACGUGGACAAGCCGGUGCGGCUGACCGUGUAUUCCAGCAAAACGCAGACAGUCCGCGAACUGACCCUGACGCCCAGCAAUAGCUGGGGUGGCCAGGGACUGCUGGGCGUCAGCAUCCGGUUUUGCUCUUUCGAAGGCGCCAACGAGAGCGUCUGGCACAUCCUUGAGGUGCAUCCCAAUUCGCCCGCCGAGUUGGCUGGUCUGCGGGCCUACAGUGACUAUGUGAUUGGGGCAGAUGCCAUACGUCACGAGAACGACGAUUUGUUUACCCUGAUCGAAACGCACGAGCAGCAGCCGCUGAAGAUGUACGUCUACAAUCUCGAUGACGAUGCCUGUCGCGAGGUCACCAUCAAACCGAAUACCGCUUGGGGCGGCGAGGGAGCCUUAGGUUGUGGCAUUGGCUUUGGCUAUCUGCACCGCAUUCCAGUCCAGGCCGAUCCUGUGGCCAGCAGCGCAAGUCCCACUGCCGCCGCGGAGUCCUCGGCUCCGUUGCUGACCGCCGGAGUAGCUGCAUCUGCAGCCGGUGCUCCUGUAGCCACAGCUGGAUCCGCUGUGGUCUCACCAACAUUGCCUUACAUACCGCCGCUGGCCAACACCUUUGGAUCGACGAACGCCGAGGUCAGACCUCCGCCCACCAUUGAGCCACCGGCACAGAGCCUGUUCAAGACCUACUUUAAUCCGGAUGAGGCCACCGAUGCACUCACCGCUGCACUGGAAACGCAGGCUAACAUAGCCGAGCCCGCUCCAGUUCAAGUUCCAGCUGCAGCUCCAGCUCAAGCGCCAGCUGCAGCUGCAGUUGCAGUCGCUGACGUGUCGCAAGUUCAGGUUCCGCCACCAGCGCAACCUUUGCCACCGCCAGCUAACAUCUUUAUACCCGGCGUUUACGAUCCAAGUACACAACAACAGAACACAGCUACUUUAGGUGGCAUUCCAGCCGCCCAGCUGCCUUUUCCCCAGGCCACGGCAGCGCCAGCGGCUGUGCCCAUGUUCUCUGCACCGCAACAGGCUUACAUGUCCGCACCGGCGGUGCUCUCCUAUCCGGCCGGCGCCCAGACGGUGCCGUCGUAUCCACAGGUGCAGCCCUCGAUGGGCGGAUUGUUUCCCACGCAGCCAACGCCGUUGCCGCCGCAAAUGGCCCAUGUGUUCGCACCUCCAGUACCACCGCCCGCCAGUAACAGUGCUGCUCCAGCGCCAGAAAACGAACCAUCGGGACCGGCAAUACACCAGGUCGGCAACUAAGACUACAACUGGGCUAAUUGACCAACUGCUAAACCUGGACAAACUGUCGUUAAGCUUUUAUUUUCGAGGAUCAUCCGAUUGUUUUGUAUGACUGCGUUAGCAAGAAUCAUAAGUGGCGCAUGCAAGAAUAUGUACAUUGCAUUCAUAAUAAUAAUCUAAAUUAAUUCUUAUAAUAAAUAAAUAACAAAAAUAUAUGUA